AUGGAAGCGCUUCGGCGUAGGAUCGCUGUGCUGAAGUCGUUUCAGUCUCGUUUGCUGUGGCCUCCAGUCACUCACUUCCAGGCCUUCGGCCAAUCUAUUGCACUUCCAUAUCGCCGUACCGAACGUGGCGGCACAGUAUUGCCCAAAAACCUGUUGUCCUACCUGGCGGGCUUUUUUGAUGGCGACGGGUGUGUUUCAUCCUGCGCAGGAGUCUGCACACUCAUGAUAGGUCAAGCAACGCCCAGACAGGAGGUUUUGUAUCUGUACGCAAACACGUUUGGCGGCACAGUCUACGUGCACAAUCGGGGCAUUGGCUUGCGCCAACCAAGCUUACAAUGGGUGAUCACAGGUCAUGCAGCUCAGAUUGCUGCAUCACAACUUGCUCCGGAGUGUGUGGUGAAGCAUCUUCAGCUACGCGUAGCAGCAUCGUGGCCGGCUGAGAAGAGCCUGCGACUUGAUGCGCAGCAUCGCUUAGCAGCACUUAACCGUCAGUCGCAGCCUGCUGUUGCACAUCACGGCUGUUCCUGGGCAUACAUUGCAGGCUUUUUCGAUGCUGAGGGAUGCAUAAGCUGCUUGCCCCAGCCGAACAUGUUAAGAUUGUCGGUCACCCAAAAGAGCAAACCUGUGCUAUGCUGGAUUGACAGCUUUUGGUAUGCAGACCUUGGCUUGAGAUCAUCCUGGUCGGUUCGCCGUUCGAAUGCAGUUACUGAAGUUUCAGUUUCACGUCAGUCUGACACUCGCUUGCUGAUGCGGAGACUGCUUGACAAUGGACUCUUCCUGAAGAAGCCACAGGCAUUGCUAGGUCUGAGUCUCGAGGAAUCGAAUUAUGCAGAUGUUCGAGAUCGAAUGGCUCGCCUUUCUGGCAACCAAGGCAGAUACCAGACUUUGAGCCAAGAAGGGUCUAAUGAAGCUGCUCCGUUGCUGGAGCGACUCCAAGGCAUGCAGCAAGAGCAUGAACGCCUGAAUGCGCUGCAUGUCUAUCGCUCUUUGCGAAGCGAUAUACGCAGUCUCCUGGCCAAAGGAGCCAGCGUCACCAAGGGCCGGGUGGUCGCGAUAUUUGUGGCUUCGCCGGAGGAGGCAGAUGAAACGGAGGCCAACAAGACUGGCCCGCUGGAAGGCGCUUCCCCGACUGGAUCCCCAAGCUCCUCCAUGGGGCUGGCUGGGGCACAGUCACCGCAGAGUGCCUCUUGGUCUGUUUGUGGCGUUGCCUGCCUGAUGGCCUACAGGCUCUACACCGGCUUCAACACGGCGACGUGGCUCCCCUACCUCCUGGCGCGGGAGGGCGAGGACCUGUGGUACGAGGAUCAGGCUGCUUUCAUGGGCCUCGCAAAGCUCAUCUAUGGA